GCGGGCUCAGGCAGUCCACUCACCUCAGCCUCCCAAAGCGCUGGGAUCACAGGCUGAGCCCAGCUAACCUGGCAUUUUAUACAGUAAAAACUACAAUAAAAAACCUGUUGGAGUAGUAGCAUGAUCACAGCUCACCACAGCCUCGACCUCCUGGCUCCAGGAAAAAUAGAAAUGAAGGUACAUAUGCACACAAAAUUUUGCCUCAUUUGUUUGCUGACAUUUAUUUUCCAUCAUUGCAACCAUUGCCAUGAAGAACAUGACCAUGGUCCUGAGGAGCUUCACAGACAGCAUCGUGGAAUGAUAGAAUCGGAGCCAAGCAAGUUUUCAGUGCUGGCUGCUGAAAAUGAAAAAAAAUACUAUAUUGAAAAACUUUUUGACCGUUAUGGUGAAAAUGGAAGAUUAUCCUUUUUGGGUCUGGAAAAACUUUUAACCAACUUGGGCCUUGGAGAAAUAAAAGUAGUUGAGAUUAAUCAUGAGGAUCUUGGCCACGAUCACGUUUCUCAUUUAGAUAUACUGGCAGUUCAAGAGGGAAAGCAUUCUCACUCACAUAGCCACCAGCAUUCCCACAGUCACUUAAAUUCAGAGAAUCAAACUGUGACCAGUGUAUCAACAAAAAGAAACCACAAAUGUGAUCCAGAAAAGGAGACAGUUGAAGUAUCUGUAAAGUCUGAGGACAGGCAUGUACAUACGGACCACACCCAUCGUCUGCGCCACCACCACCGUGUGCAUCAUCACCUCGAUCACAACACCACUCACCACGUCCACAAUGAUUCUGUGGCUCCCAGUGAGCGUGGGGAACCCAGCCACGGACCUUCCCCAGAGACCAAUAAAACACAGGAGCAGUCCGAUGUUAAGCUACCGAAAGGAAAGCGAAAGAAAAAAGGGAGAAAGAGUAAUGAAAAUUCUGAGGUUAUCACUCCAGGCUUCCCCCCUAACCAUGAUCAGGGCGAACAGUAUGAGCACAAUCGGGUCCACAAGCCCGAUCGUGCGCAUAACCCGGGUCACUCCCAUGUGCAUCUUCCAGAACACAGCGAUCAUGAUCCUGGUCACGGACACCAAGACCUUGAUACUGAUAACGAUGGUGAACACCGACACACUAGGAAGCGAGAGGCUCCGCAUGUUAAAAAAAGUGCAAUUUACUCAGCAGCUGGCCACAAAGAGCACAGUGAGGAUGAGCGGCAGCACGAAUGUUUGAACGUCACCCAGUUAUUAAAACACUAUGGGCAUGGUGCCAACUCUCCCAUCUCAACUGAUCUAUUUACAUAUCUUUGCCCUGCACUGUUAUAUCAAAUCGACAGCAGACUUUGUAUUGAGCAUUUUGACAAACUUUUAGUUGAAGAUAUAAAUAAGGAUAAAAAUCUGGUUCCUGAAGAUAAGGCAAAUAUAGGGGCAUCAGCGUGGAUUUGUGGCAUCAUCUCCAUCACUGUUAUUAGCCUCCUCUCCUUGCUUGGCGUGAUAUUGGUUCCCAUCAUUAACCAAGGAUGCUUCAAGUUCCUCCUCACAUUCCUCGUGGCACUGGCUGUAGGAACGAUGAGUGGAGAUGCCCUUCUGCAUCUACUGCCCCAUUCUCAGGGUGGACAUGAUCACAGUCAUCACCACGCACAUGGGCAUGGACAUUCCCAUGAACACGAGUCUAAGAAGUUUCUGGAAGAAUACGAUGCUGUAUUAAAAGGGCUCGUUGCUCUAGGAGGCAUUUACUUGCUGUUUAUCAUUGAACACUGCAUCAGGAUGUUUAAGCACUACAAACAACAAAGAGGGAAGCAGAAGUGGUUUGUGAAGCAGACCACAGAGGAAUCAACUAUUGGAAGAAAGCUUUCAGAUCACAAGCUCAACAACACACCAGAUGCCGACUGGCUUCAGCUCAAGCCUCUUGCCGGAACCGACGACUCAGUCGUUUCUGAAGACCGACUGAAUGAAACUGAACUGACAGACUUGGAAGGGCAGCAGGAGUCCCCCCCUAAGAAUUACCUCUGUGUGGAAGAGGAGAAAACCAUGGACCCCUCUCACAGGGACGGGCUGCACACCGCCCAUGAGCAUGACCUGCAUGCGCCUGCACACAACCACCACAGCGAGGACCAGACCGUGCUGAGGAAGCACAACCAUCAGUGGCACCACAAGCAUUCCCACCACUCACACGGGCCCUGCCAUUCUGGAUCUGACCUCAAGGAGACCGGAAUUGCCAACAUCGCCUGGAUGGUGAUCAUGGGGGACGGCAUCCACAACUUCAGUGACGGGCUGGCCAUUGGAGCAGCUUUCAGUGCUGGGUUGACGGGAGGAAUCAGUACUUCUAUAGCCGUCUUCUGCCAUGAGCUGCCACAUGAAUUAGGUGAUUUUGCAGUUCUCCUUAAAGCAGGCAUGACUGUGAGGCAGGCCAUCGUGUACAACCUGCUGUCGGCCAUGAUGGCCUAUGUGGGCAUGCUCAUUGGCACAGCCGUGGGCCAGUAUGCCAACAACAUCACCCUGUGGAUCUUUGCCAUCACUGCAGGCAUGUUCCUCUAUGUGGCCUUGGUGGACAUGCUCCCAGAGAUGCUGCACGGUGACGGCGACCACGAGGAGCACGGCUUCUGCCCCGUGGGGCAGUUUGUCCUGCAGAACCUCGGCUUGCUGUUUGGCUUUGCCAUCAUGCUGGUGAUUGCCCUCUACGAAGACAAAAUUGUGCUGGACAUCCAGUUCUGACCAUCCCCUUCAGCCGCUGUUGGUGAUGAGAGUGCUGUGCAGCUCGGCGUCCGUCCUUGUACCUGUGUGCACGUCGCUCAGAGGAGGUCCCUGGCUCGGGCUGCUCCUAGGCCCACAGGGUUGAGCCUGACCCGAAGGACUGGUGCUCGGUACUGUUUCCUGCGGGAAGGGGCCUCCUCAAGACACAAAGCUCGUGAUACAGAGAGGAGAAACGGACUCCGUGAACGUGUCGACAUAGGCUUAAGACUUUUUAAAAAAUAAUCAUAUAAAAACACUAAAGUAGUCUCUUUAUUAGUAAAAACUUCUGUGGCUAUGCAGAGAUAGAAAUUGAACCAAAAAAUCAUUUAAACUUUAAGAAUAUUUUAAAUGGACUUUGGGCAGACGUUUCUGUGUGUGCCAAGAAUGAAUGACCGCUUUCUAACCCAGUGCUUCACACACAUCGGCGACAUGGCCCUGAACCAUGUAGACUAGAGGAACGCUUGGCUGCAGUAGAGUAUGAAUUUAGCGUUGGCAAAGCCCUUAUUCUUGAAUCUAGAGUUACUAUUUUUGUAUAUAUUUGCAUAGUGUUUAAACUUGCAGCCUAAACUACUGAAAUUUGUGAUUGUAUGUUUCUGUGAGAUUCAGUUUAAUGACAAAUUCAUAAUGGUUCUUUGUAUUAUUAUAAUACUUGGUGUUUGGGGGUUUUAUUCUGUGGUUUUUUUUAACUUUUUGUUUUUGUUUGGGGGUAUUUUAGGGGGAGGUGAGGGGUCAGAGGAUGUG